AUGAACAAUCCCCACAAAGAACCUCGAUUUCCUUGUUCUCAAGAUAUAAAAGCCCCCACCCCCAUCUCAAUCUUCCUUCCCCCAAAUCACCACUCUCCAAGCUACACCCUCACACCCACUCCCCUCCCACAGCAAAAGAAAAGCAAAAAUGCCCUUCCACAUCCCCCCCUUCCGCUCCCUCUCCCUCUCCGCAAAAUCCAAAUCCAAAUCCAAAUCCACACCCACCAUCCCCAGCACCCGCACAAUCGGCACCCAAACCACCAACACCCGCACCCACAGCUCGCGCGGGACGCAAACGCCUCGGUCGACAUACAUUUCGUUUCACGAGCAGCAUGGGGUGCGACCGCCGAGGAAGAGUGGGCUCCAGUGGUCGGCUUGGUAUGCGCUGCUUGGGGGGGCGGUGCUCGGGUGGUUUGGGACGAGGAGGUGGGUGUGGAGUUGGUGAGGUGGUGGGGUGGUGAGGUGGUGAGAGGGAGAAACAACAACUCAGUUGAUUCGACCUUAAUACACAAGACACUGCACAGUUAUGAGAUAAUACUUCAGUUUCGUGAUUCCUCGAGAUGCCAGAAGGAAUACCCUCAACCAAGUAAAGCGUAA